CUCACUAGAGCUCUUGUAAGGAAGAUGGCUGAUGAAGCUAAUUUAGAGAAGGCAGCUCUGGAAAAUCGUGUUGAAAAUAUGGAAAAUACUUUGAAGGAAUUGUUGGCUUCCUUCCAAUCUCUUCAAGCAACCUUGGUCACAAGGGCACCUUUGACAACAAAUCCCUUAUUUAAAGGAAAUGUUUCUGCGGCAAAUCUCCCUAUUGCCACAUCUACUCUUGGAAAGGAGCCUAUGUCAUCUUGCCCUCUUGAUCUAACUAUUGGUGGAACUUCUGGGACAAAACCAUUUGUUCUAAAUGCUGGUGUUGCUACAGUUCAAUUUAAUGAUCAAGAAAAGACUCAAGUUGUCAAGUCAAUCAUAGAGGAUGAAGACAAGGCAAUUAAAGCGAAGGUGCAGUUGAUGGAGGAAACACUAAAAUUGAUGCAAGGUGUCCAAACCAAUAAACCGAUUGACAUCUCAUCUUUGUGCUUUUUCCCAAACAUUCAACUGCUCCAUAAGUUUAAAUUGCCUGAGUUUGAUAAGUACAAUGGCAUUGGUUGUCCUUAUGCCCACUUGACGAUUGGAGGUGUUGGGCAUGACCUUGAAACUUGUCUUGCUUUAAAGCAGCGUGUCCAAGAUCUUAUAGAUGCAAAGGAGUUACAAAUUGCAUCAGAACCUGAGGUUGUUGGUCUAAAUAUCACCAAAAACCCUUUACCAACACAUAAUGGUCCAACAGUCAAUAUGAUCGAGAAAGACUCCAAUAAAGAUCAUGAGGUGAUUACGUCAACAAAUAUUGAUGGUUUAAGCACUUCUUUUGGGAAGUUAAGUGUAUGCAUCAUUGAUGAAGGGAUGGAUGAUGACAAGGUUAGUCUGCCUGCUCAUGGUGAAUCUUUGGACAACGAGACAGUAGAGAUUCUUCAUGUUCCUAUCAUUAAAUCUUAAGAUGUGUCAAUCUUCUUAUGGUUGAGCUUGUGACCAUAAGAAGAGAUGGUUGAAACAAGCCUUUUAUAUUUUAUGAAGCAUUGUAGGCAUAACAAAUAAUGUUCCAUUUAGUUCAUUUCAAUCAAUGAUGUUACUUUCAUUUUCAUUCCUUCUCUUCAUAUGCCAGAUUGUUCAUUUUCUUUUGCUUUAUUCAAUUUUCUCAUGCUAGCCAAAAUUUCCAUCUCCAGGUUUGUCGAUAAUAAAUCGACAAUAGUGAU